AUGCUGUCGACCAUAUCCACACGCCUGGGCUUUAGCAGCAACGGCCGCGCGAUAUGCUGGCUAGUCUUUGGCGGUACCCUCUUUCUAUUUGCCAUCACGCGCCUCAAAUAUCUCGACUUUUAUGGCACCUUUUGCAAUCGUGAAAAGAAGAAUGCAUUGCCCGGAGAAUGUUUUUAUUUUCUUCGAACAAGCUUAGAGGAAAUUGGCAUGUUGGUGCAUUUGUACUGCGUCAUUCCCGCUAGCAUUUUGGUUUGGGCACAAUUUGUACCCUCGAUCCGGCGCAGGGGCCUGGGAGUACAUCGAGUCAAUGGCCGUGUCUGCUUGGCUCUUGGAAUCGUGGGAGCUGUAGCUGUCAUUCCGAAUAUUAGACGUGCAUUUGGGGGCGACCCAGCUGCGCAAUUGGCCAACAUCACACUUGUUGGUCUAUUUGUUAUGAGCAGUAUCAAGGGCUAUCAGAGUAUUAAGCAGCAUCGAGUCCAAGAUCACCGGGCUUGGAUGCUACGGUCAUGGUGUUAUGCUGGUGGUAUCAUCACGGUGCGCAUUGUCAUGGUCCUUUCUGCAAUUCUGAUAUCCAUGGCUGGAGGUUAUUACAUAGCGCAGCCGUGCGACAAGAUUGAUCAUGUCCUCUACGGUCGAAACAACACACUGAGCCGGUAUCCAGGUUGCGCUCCAUUCUAUACGGGCGAGAAGCUCGAUCAGCAUGUAGUCGUUGACGCCAACCUCAUGAAUGCUAAAACAGAUCUGAUGCAACUUGUUUCUGCAUUCAAUCUUGGUUAUCCAAUGAGCGCAUGGAUAUCACUCGCUCUUCAUGUGCUAGGUCCGGAAGUAUAUCUUCGCAUGUCUCAAGAGGACAGAGAGCCCGGAAAACCUGCAAAUAACGGGAAGGUAAAGAUUGGUACGAAGGAGGACUAA